UGUACACAGACUUUAUAAAGGUCUGCACACUUUUGUAAGGGUCUGUGACAGAGAAUAUUGCUUGAGCCGUAGGGUCAGAAAUUUAAGACUUAUGUGGAGAUGAACGAGUCAGGCCAGCAGAGCUAUUGGCGGGAGACGGGCAGAUGGAUGGGCUAUGAAGAAACCUAUGAUGUUGAGGCGGGCCGCUGGGGUCCGUCCCACAUCUCCUACCUCACCUUCAAGAGCCUAGUGCAGUUACGCAGGACAAUGAACACGGGUGUGGUGAUGCUGGACAGAGAGGAGAAGAUGCUUUCCAGUAUUAUUGAGAAGAUUGUGGAUACCCUAGUUAGCAAAAGGGAGAUUCAGCCAGGGGACAGAGAUAAGGUUCUUCAAGCAUUAAUGCACAAACAGAGCCAGUCUUUAGAGACCCAGCCCCUGACUGCAGGCAUGGAGAUGGAGAAAUUCUCUGUCACAGACAAACGGGACACAGCUGAUCAUGCAGAAGCCUCAAUGGUGCUCGUAGGUGCUCUGGAGUUCCUUGAGAGGCCCACAGUAGCAUUCGUGCGUCUCCGGGACGCUGUGGUGCUGGAGUCGGCUCUGGAAGCUCCCGUGCCUGUGCGCUUCAUCUUUAUCCUGAUUGGCCCAUCCACAAAUGACAUGAACUAUCAUGAGUCUGGCCGAGCAAUGGCAGCACUACUAGCUGACAAAGUGUUUAACCAAGCAGCUUUCCAGGCUCAGAGUGACCGGGAGCUGACCGAUGCCGUGGAAGACUUCACGGACUGCUGCAUUGUGAUCCCGCCCACUGAGAUUCCCAAUGAGUCCAUGCUAGCAUCACUCAUCCCCUUCCAGAAGAGACUACUGCAAGAGAGACUCCGCCCCUCUGACCCCAAACUCCGCCUGGAAGUCAAACCCCGCAAACCUUCUAAAUCUUUAGCACCUCCUCCAGAAGAUCCGCUUGCCCGUACCGGUGUUCCGUUCGGCGGGAUGAUCAGAGACAUGAAGAGACGAUACCAGCACUAUGUCAGUGACAUCACGGAUGCUUUGAAUGCUCAGGUUGUUGCUGCCAUCAUCUUUAUCUACUUUGCUGCUCUCUCGCCUGCCAUCACCUUUGGAGGUCUCCUUGCUGAUAAGGUGGAGAACAUGAUGGGUGUGUCGGAGCUGAUGAUAUCCACUUCAGUGCUGGGCAUUAUCUUCUGCCUGGUCGCUGCCCAACCGGUGCUUGUCAUCGGCUUCUCCGGGCCGCUGCUGGUGUUUGAAGAGGCUUUUUUUACUUUCUGUAAGUCUCAGGGCAUUGAGUACAUCGUAGGCCGAGUGUGGAUUGGCGCGUGGCUGAUGGUCAUCGUUGUGGUGAUCGUCGCCUUGGAAGGAAGCUUUCUGGUCCGAUUCAUUUCCCGUUUCACUCAAGAGAUCUUCUCCAUCCUUAUCUCCCUCAUCUUCAUCUACGAGACCUUCGCAAAACUCGGCAGGGUUUUUAAAGAACACCCUCUUAUCCUGAAUUAUGAACAUGUAAACAGUACAGUUGAGGACCCUUGGCACUCAGUUGUCAACUAUCAAAGACUCCUGGAUAAUGCUACAGGAAAUGUGUCUGUCGUAAGAAGCGUUCAACACCGGCCUUAUCCCAACACCGCUCUUCUGUCCAUGUGCCUCAUGUUUGGCUGUUUCUCCAUUGCAUACUACCUACGCAUGUUCAAGAAUGGCAAAUUCCUGCCUGGCAAGAUUCGACGUUUGCUCGGUGACUUUGGAGUUCCCAUUGCGGUUUUCAUCAUGGUUGCUAUCGAUAUCAAUAUUGAGGAUACAUACACUCAGAAACUGGUGGUGCCUAAGGGUCUUCAGGUGUCCAACCCUAAGAUGCGGGGCUGGAUAAUCAACCCUAUGGGUGAACACAAGCCCUUCCCUGUGUGGAUGAUGUUCGCCUCUGUUGUUCCAGCUAUGUUGGUCUUCAUCCUCAUCUUCCUUGAGUCUCAGAUCACCACGCUAAUUGUGAGUAAACCGGAGAGAAAAAUGGUCAAAGGUUCUGGCUUCCACAUGGAUCUUCUCAUCCUGGUGAGCAUGGGGGGUCUGGGUGCCAUAUUUGGUGUUCCUUGGUUGAGUGCCGCAACCGUACGAUCCGUAUCUCAUGCCAAUGCCCUGACUGUCAUGAGCAAGGGCCCAAAACCUGAGAUUGAGAAGGUUCUGGAACAGAGAGUCAGUGGAGUGGUAGUGGCUUUGCUUGUUGGUCUUUCAAUCCUCAUGGAGCCCAUUCUAAAAAUGAUUCCCAUUACGGCUCUGUUUGGAAUCUUCCUCUACAUGGGAAUCACAUCCCUCAGUGGGAUUCAGCUUUGGGAUCGAAUUCUGCUCCUCCUUAUUCCCAAAAAAUAUCACCCUGAUGAACCCUAUGUUACGAGAGUCAGCACCAGUAGGAUGCACGUGUUCACUGCGAUCCAGAUCGUGUGUCUGGCAGUCCUGUGGAUGGUGAAAUCGAGCCCUCUGUCACUGGCUCUACCGUUCAUCCUGAUACUCACCAUCCCUCUGCGCAUGCUCAUGACUGGACGACUUUUCACUGAGGAAGAGAUCAAAUGUCUUGACGGUGAUGAUUCCAAGGCCACAUUUGAAGAGGAGCCAGGAACGGAUGUGUAUUCUGAAUCUCAGAUGCCACUAUAGAUCCUUUUCCUGCAACCAAACUUGUUUUUUUUUGUUUUUUUUUUUAAGUGCAGCCAGCACAUGAAAAAUUUGACAAAAUUAUGAAUUAUGUUAAUUUUACUGCUGUGUGUGGUUUUUCUGUCAGUAAAUUGAUAUUAUAUUGGUCUAAUACAGUUCUUACAAGAUGGCAUCAUUUAAAUAUACAAGUGCCUUUUAUAACUUUUGCACUAAUAUUCAGUAAGUACUGCAUUAUGAAGGUCUUUAAACUGCACAUAGGACCAUCAAAUUCCACAUUUGAGAUUUUUUUUUUUUUUUUUUUUUUUUUUUUGCAAAUACUUUGUCUUAUUGGAGAAGAUUUGCUUUACCCAAUAUAUUACUGGUCUAGAUGUCAUUGGGCUAAUAAUGAUCUUUUAAAAACUAAAAUCUUAAUUAUUCCAGAAUUUUGACCUGCAGUGUAUUUCUUAAAUGCUUGUAUGUUAUGCUGUCAGAUAGAUCUACAUCAAAGAACACGUACAAGCAUAUUUCCUUUCUGUGUAAUAGGCAAAAAAAAAAAAAA